AUGGCCCCCUCACGACGUCGCCUCGACCGUUCUUCGGUUUUCGAGGAUAAUAUUAACACGACCUCUAACUCAACCUCCUCCUCCUAUUAUACGCGGAGUCUUACGGCAGACGACGUUACCUUAGGUAGUAUCGCCACCCUUGCCAGAAUUCCUGUCGAUCAGGCAACCCCUAAAGUACGUUGUCUAAAGACAAACAAAUUAAUGAACUCUGGCGCGUUCAAUCAUCCAGUUGUUAUUCUCUGUAUAUCUCAAGAUGGCGACAAAGAGGUUUCCGCUCUUUGUUGCCAGAUAUCUGGGAAUAGCAAUCCUUUUGCGUCAGAGGCAUCAAGCUUUCUACCGAUUUCGACUGUUAGUUUAGGUGGUCAAUACUCGCGUGUACCAGUCGUCAGGAACGAGGCGGUACUUGAGGAUAAAGCGAUGUUCAAAAGAUGUUACAUCUUGACCGGACAUGGUAAGCCCAUCUUUGUAAUUUUUACUUGUAUCCUGUUCCAUUAUCUUCAAUCACUGGCAAUGCCGUGCUCGCAAGCCUUUUGAAUUGACUGAUAUAUGUACAAUCCACUAACUAGCUCUGUACGACCCAAUCUAGGCUCUUCGCCUCCGUGUACUCAGCUUUUUAUUCAACAUAUAAUGAAACUCAAUUUCACAUUGUACGUUGAUAGGAUUUGCAAAAACAUGUGGACCAAUCCUCAAUCUCACACACCUAGAAAUAUGCUAAUACCAUCUCCAGUUUACAACAUUCCGCUCUCCCUCCUUUCGAAAUGGGGACCUCAGAAAUCAAGCUUCUCAACACGUCUGUGCUCCACCUCUUUCAAUAUCUUAUUGAAGUCGCUAGGGCUUCAUAAGUGGGAGUAUAGACAGAAGUUUAUUUCCACCCCAUCUCUUUUUGCUGGCGAACGAACUGAGAUUUUGAAGGUAGACAUUACUAGAUGUUUAUCUAAGAAAUUCUCACCGUGGGCAUAAAGAGUAGUUUGGUCGCGAGAAGGUGUAACGAACUCGCAUUUAUUCUUCUCCGCUUUCCGGAUAUUACCAGCCGUGAUCUUAUAUUUGACCCAGUGGCUCUGGGCACCGUCCUUUUGUGGUCAUACAGAAGUGAUAUCGUAGGGAAUUUAGACUUGUGCUUUAUCUCUAAGAGGUUAUGCAUUUUUUCUCUCCUCUUCUUAUAUCUCUGCUUUUUUAAGUGCUUUUUGUUUGAGUUGGACACCUGUCCGACCCAUUCAAUUUAAACUUGAACUUUCGGAGGUUUAUCACUAUCACCUUCGUAUUUAUAUCACCAUAUCGGACAACUACAUCGUCACAAAGCCUUCGUCAUACAUAGUCACAAACAUCAUCAACACACACAUCAGACAACCUUCACAUAAACCUUAUAUCCAUAGUCACCUGAACGCAGAUCCUCAAAUAAUCUGGACUACAACCCAACAAGGAAAGAUUCUCAUUCCUGGACCUAAUUGGACAUUCAAAAAUUUGAAUAAUCAAAUCAAUAUCAAAUCUUGAUUGUUUCAAACAUUGAAAGUUCAUAUAUAAUCUAUGAUUUUGGGUCAUUGAAGGUUGCAACAACCCUCACAACAUUUAGGCACACAUUAUCCACCUGUUCAACCACAGAUUCUCGGUACCAAAAGGAUUUUUAUCCUUGAAGUAUCAUCAUACUUUGAUGAAAAAUUUCUUACUACCAAAUAGCAACUUUUCAUCGCCGAUGGAGGAGGGAUAUGAAGUCAAUCACUAUCACUAUUAUAUCACCAUCUACACUGUCACAGAAACUCGACUUUAUACGUACACAUUCAAAUCCACAUCAACAUGGUCUCUCAUCAGCUUCACCAUACAAAUUCAGCCACAUCAUAUUCAUCACCCAUGUCACCAUAUCGUCUACCAUCGUCAUCUUCUCUUAAUUACAACAUCAGCUCCAUCAUAAGAUCACCAUAAACUCUUACAACAUCAUCUACAUCUACAUCCACAUCGUUAUACCACAGCUA